AUGCUUCGCUUUCUUUGUUGUUUUCUUCUUCUCCUCCUCCCUCCCUUUUCUCGUUCGUUUUCUUUGUUGUUUACUUCUCCUCCUCCUCCUAUCAUUUUCUCCUUCGUUUUCUGUUGCUUAUUUUUUCUCCUCCUCCUUUCAUUUUAUCCUUCGCUUUCUUUGUUGUUUACUUUUUCUCCUCCUCCUUUCAUUUUAUCCUCCGAUUUCUUUGUUGUUUUCUUCUUCUCCUCCUCCCUUCAUUUUCUCGUUCGUUUUCUUUGUUGCCUACUUCUUCUCCUCCUCCUUUCAUUUUAUCCUUCGCUUUCUUUGUUUUCUUCUUCUCCUCCUCUUCCCUUCCUUUUCUCGUUCGUUUUAUUUGUUGUUUUCUUCUUCUUUUCCUCCUUUUAUUUUCUCGUUCGUUUUCUUUGUUGUUUACUUCUCCUCCUCUUCCUUUCAUUUUCUCGUUCGUUGUCUUUGUUUUCUUCUUCUUCUUCUUCUACUUCUUCUUCUUCUUCUUCUUCUUCUUCUUCUUCUUCUUCUUCUCUUUCAUUUUCUCCUUCGUCUUCUUUGCUGUUUUCUUCUUCUCCUCCUAAUUUUCUUUUUCUUUGUCAUUUUCAUUUCCUCUUUCUUUUCCCCUUUCUUUGCUGUCUUCUCCUAUCUUUUUUUCUUGUUUCCUUCCUCCUCCUCCUCUUUCUAGCUUUCUCUUUAAUUUUUCUUUUUCUUUUUUACUUCUCGUACAUUCCUUUUCACCAUCUUUUUCUUUUCUUUAUUGUUUCUCUUCCAAGUCUAUCUUUCUUUUUAAUUGCUUUUUCUCUUCUUUUUUUGUGGUUUUUCCUCUUCUCUUUCCUUAAAGCUGAAGCUGUCAUCACCGUAACACACAGUGUGCUUUACACUUUCUUUCUCUUUCUGUUACAAACCGGCUUUCUUGUUCUGGUUUGCAUUUUCCCGCCUCUUCUUCUACAAUAUCUUCCUAACUCCCACACCCUUACCCACCACCUACUACCUCCUACUCAUCAUCAUCAUCAUCAUCGUCAUCCCCUCGGUUUCCUAUACCCCGUUCUUCUCUCCCAUCCCCUUGUCUGCCCGCUCUUUUCUCAUCCACUUAUCGCCUCAAUUAUUCAGCCAUUUUGCCAGACUCGUUUUCUCUCUUGCCAUCAUCGCUCACCUUGUCACUUCCGACUCUUAUCACUUCGAUCGUGUCUCUAG